AUGAGAGUCGAAUAUGGUUGCAGCUUGGAAAAUAUUUAACUUUUGAUUUUGAAUUGUGUAGGAAUUCAAAAAGCUAGAAAAAUUAUAAUUUUGUGGAAGGUUUUCUGUUCUUUAUGCUUCACUGUAAGUAUUUAAUUUUCAUUUACAAAGUAAACUUAUUAUAAAAGAAGGAUUAUCAAAUUAUAUUCAAUGUAAAAAAUGCAAAUAAAAUUUUCACUUGAAUAAAAAGGAGAUAAUAUAUUUAUUUCCACAUUUAUCUGUAUUCAUUAAAAGGGAUUAAUAAACUAAUGCAAAUAUUGUAGAAAUUAAUCUAAAAAAUACAAUAAUGAAAGUGUUAAAAAUGUUAACUCUUACUUUUCUUUUUUGAUGAAUCUAGACAAAUUAAAUGCCAAAACUGUAAUCUUGUAUAUUGUUAACGUUGUAAGUAAUAAUAUUAACUAUUUUCUAAAAAUUUUGCAGAUGUAAAUUAAUUAAAUCUUCUGA